AUGUUCUCCAAAGCCCUCGGACUUUUCGCUGCUCUCAGCGCCAUUGCAACUGCCCUCCCCGCUGUCCACAACAGCAACAACGUGCGCCAUCAUGCUCACUCCGAGCACCGCCAAUUGAUGGCCCGUCAGGAGAACACCGACAUCAUCAGCGACGGAGUCGAGAUCGUCAAUAACAUGGAAAAGCCCGUCUACCUCUGGUCCGUCUCCAAUGUCUCCAGCAAGAUGCACACCCUCAUGAGCGGCGAGAAGUACGCUGAGAACUGGCGCACCAACCCCAACGGCGGUGGUAUCUCCAUCAAGAUCUCCUUCACUCCUGCGCAGGACAAAAUCCUGCAGUUCGAGUACACUCUCCAGUACCCCACCAUUUGGUGGGAUCUCUCCUGCAUCAACAUGGGUGACAACUCCGAAUUCACCACUAUGGGCUUCAGAGUUAGCUCUGCUGACCCUACCUGCGCGUCUGCUACUUGCGCCCCUGGUGACCACGCCUGUGGUGCUGCCUACUUGCUCCCCAACGACGACUGGGCUACCCACGCUUGCCAGAGCAAGGAUGUGCUCAAGCUUGACCUCGGAUCUGUUCUUGCCUAA